ACUGGGUAAUGUAGUUCUUUGUGGUCCGGGCAGGGGAUGGCGGAGGCGGGGCAAGAGGCGGACUUCUCGUCCUCGCUUGCGUCAGUCUCGGGCACGGGGCGGGGCUGGAGGACUAAGAGCCCCAGCACGUCCUGCCCCGCCGGAAGUGAAGGUGCGGGUCCGGCUGUGGGCUCUGAGAGGCCCCUGCCCGGAUGGCAGCAGUAGUUCUAGGGGGAGACACCAUGGGCCCUGAGCGUAUCUUCCCCAAUCAGACUGAGGACUUAGGGCCACAUCAGGGUCCUACAGAAGGAACUGGAGAUUGGAGCAGUGAAGAACCCGAGGAAGAGCAGGAGGAGACAGGAGCAGGGCCAGCAGGCUAUUCGUACCAGCCCCUCAAUCAAGACCCUGAACAAGAAGAGGUGGAACUGGCGCCAGUGGGUGAGGGAGAAGACGGAGCUGCUGACAUCCAAGAUCGUAUCCAGGCCCUGGGGCUUCAUUUGCCAGACCCACCGCUGGAGAGUGAAGAUGAAGAUGAGGAGGGAGCUGCAGCGUUGAGCAGCCACGGCUCUAUCCCCAUGGACCCAGAACACGUAGAGCUGGUGAAAAGGACAAUGGCUGGAGUCAGCCUGCCUGCACCAGGGGUUCCUGCCUGGGCUCGGGAGAUAUCGGAUGCUCAGUGGGAAGACGUGGUACAGAAAGCCCUCCAAGCCCGGCAGGCGUCCCCUGCCUGGAAGUGACCAGAGAGCUGCCUUGUCUCCCUACAUUCCAAGCCAGGACCAGCACAGGACUGACAACUCUGGUUUUAACAGCCUUCUUCUUCCCACGUCCCUCUCACACCAAGGCGAAUCAGACCUCUCAGAGACCCACUUUAUUCAGUUCUGUACAUAUGGGGACAUCGGCCCAAGCCCAGCCCACCUUAGCAUGUAUCACUCUGUGGAGAAUAAAGCACCCUAUGUACACAGCCAAAA